UUGCUUGGUUUUAUUGUAUGCAGAAAAAUUAUAUAUUCAAAGUUACCUAUUUAGUUUUUUCAGAUGGAUCAAAAUAUUCAAACUUUCCGCGAUUUCCUAACUCAAUAUAAUUUGGUGGCCGAAAAUUGUUUUACCGCUUGCGUCAACGAAUUCGGAAGUCGGACGGUGAAUGAAAAAGAAGAAAAAUGCGCAAGUAAUUGUUUGGAUAAAUAUUUGAAGGUGAGAACUUUAGAAAAUCUAGAAUUUUCUUACGUGGCCACGUCCACGUGGAAACAGUUAAUUUUCUCACUGGAUUGAAAAAAAAUUGAAAUGUAUUUAUCUUCAUUUUUCAAAAAUGAUACUCGGUCUCCUCUUAUUUUUAUUUUUCACGCUUUUUAUUGAAUAAUAGAAAUCAUUUCAUAACAAAAAAGCUCGAGUGAAAGUUCAAACAGUUCCUUUGUAAAUUUUCGAUAAGAGUGAUGCAAAUCCUAAUUCCCAUCUUUGCACCUAAAACAUUUUCACCCCAAAAGAUAACAAGAAUUUCGAAAAUUUUAAAUUUCUCUUAUCAGUUCAAAAGUUCAAAACAAAAUUCCAGAUGACGCAACGAGUUUCUCAACGAUUCCAAGAACAUCAAAUGUUGAACUCUCAAGCCAAUGGAGCCCCAAUGUAG